AUGGUGGGAAGAGGAGGUGUGGGGCCUGUGCGGGGCCCGGAUCUGGGUUUAGUAUCAGGGUUGGGGGCGGGGCCGGGGGCUGAUGACGGCGGCUCGGCGCCAUCCGCUGAGGAGCUCCGACGGCGCUGUGCUGAGGCUGCGUUGGCCAGGUUUCGGAGCAACGGACCGACGCACGAUCCGCAGCAACAGCAGCAGCAGCAGAUUCAGCAACAGCAACAUUCUCAGUUGUUAUUCUUGAAAGACGGGCCUGGACAAGCCCUACAAGGGACACGCUCGCUGGUGCCACUGUUGCCUGUGUCGCCUGGGGCCCCCGCUCCUGAGGCGCGGCAUGCAUGUGCGGAUUCCAGGGAUGUGGUGGCAGGUCACCAUCGGAGCAGCGACGGAGGCGGCGGUGGCAAGGACGGGGUGUGCAAGAGAAGAGGAGAGGAGGGGAGGGAACGUGGGGAGCAAUCAGCUGCAAACAAGCUGGAAUGUGGCACGUUGUCUGGGAAGCAGGGGGCUGAGGCAGAGCCUCCUGAAGCGAAUCUCCACCUCAGCAAGCCAAACACGACCAUCGUCGCUUCUCACUCGGGGCCAGACACUGGCGUGGCUGUGUAUAAACAAUUUGCCGCAGAUCUGCCGGUUACUUGGGACAACCCCGUGGACUGGGCCUAUGGCAUCUCCGUGUCCAUGUACGAUCUCGGGCCGACGGGCAGGCGCAACGGCGAGCCCGUCGCUGACUGCUUCGGCAUCCUCGCCUAUCCGGAGGGAGCCAUCUUGGCGGUAGCGGACGGAGUGAACUGGGGCGAACCGCCUCGGCGUGCCGCUCGAUGUGCCGUGUUGGGUUGCCUCAACCACAUGCACCACGCUCUAAAACAGCACGAGACCGACUCCUCCCUGGACUGCCAUACGGUGUUCCGGCACCUGCUGGACUCCAUCUCCGCCUCUCAGAAGCUGAUUCUGCAGCAGUUCGGGACACUGACGACACUGCCGGGGGGGGUCGUGAGUGUGGUUCUCCCGCUCAAGUGGGUACGGCACCCGGGGCGCUGGGCCGCCAUCACCAUGACGGUGGGGGACAGUGCCGCCUACGUGUACCGGAGCAGCAAAAGGACGGUGGAGGAGGUAACGGCGGCGGCGCAUGCGGAGGGGGCGCGUGACCCGCGCUGGUGCCCCGGCGCACUGGGCUACGCCGUGGGCGAGGAGCCCGACCUGGCCAACAUGCUGCUGUGCCUCACCUUCCUAGAGGAGGGGGACUUCAUCUUCCUCACGUCGGACGGAGUGGCGGAUAACUUCGACCCCGUGAUCAGAAAGAUGGCGCGGCAUCAGGUUUUGGAGUCCGCGGACAACAACGACCUCCCUGCGCUGACGCCGGCGGAGUGCCAGGCCAAGGCGAUGGACCUGCUGCGGGACGUCAUCGUUGAGGCGGACAGAAGCAUGUCUGCCGGCGGCGGCGGAAGCGGAAGCGGCGGAGGCGGAGGCGGGAGUGACAGCUCCUCGGGGGUGACCCACGGGUCCGUUUUCGGCAACCACCUUAACCACCACGGCGGUCAAGGCAUGACGGCGCGGGGCCUGGCGGAGCAUUUGUUGCAGCACGUGUACGACGUGACGGAGGAGCAGCGGCAGCACGUGGAGGCUCGGAAUCGGGAGAGGGAGCGGAGUUUGCUUUCCCGGGAGGGUGGGGCUGGAGGCGGGGGGUCGGGACCUAGCUUGAACACCGAUUUGAAGCAUGGGGGCCUUAUGGGUUUGGCGCCCAUGGCACGGCCGCCCGGGAAGAUGGACCACGCGACGGUGGCCGCGUACCAGGUGGGUCGUCGGAAGCCGGGUGCAGCUGCCCGGAGCCAGGAGCGCAUGCGGCGGUUGGACCAGGAGCGGCGUGACGGGCAGCAGCACGGACUGCCCUUCCUGGCGGCCCUGGCGGCCACUGCCCACCCGCCCGCACGCGCCCUGGGGCAGCCGGAGGCCGUGGAGGACGAUGGUGGUGGCGGAUGGGGCCGUCGCGGAUGGGGUCGCGCCCUUUUCCCCCCCACCCCCCUUUAUUGCCGGCUGUGCUGA